UGAGAACCUCCCGCGUACGGCACGCUGUGUGACGUUUGGGUCACAAGAUUGUGCUUAAGAAGCACAAUUCAGCCGUGGCUUACACUCCGCGACAUCGCUGCGAGGUCCUGUCGGGCAGCUGGCUGUUCAGACCGCGCGCGCGGCUCUGAACUCAUACGGCACCGCGGCGAGUACCGGUCGGCCGCCGCCGCUGUACUGUUAAGACAGCGCGCGCGCACCGAGCGCACACAGCGCACCGGUCGGCCCCGCCGUCGUUCUAGACGCCGCGGCACGACACGACGAUGUCGGACGGCUGGUCCACCGUCAGUACAAAAAAGAAGGAGCGGCGGCCCUCGAAGCCGGCGCCCAAGCCGGCGCCGAAACAACCGAAACAACCGCAGCCGAAGCCGCAGCCACCGAAGCAGCCCCCACCGCACCAGACACCCAAGGAGUGGCUCGAGCAGAGGUAUGCGGGCGCGCCGGCGCCGCCUGCUAGAUCCAAUGUGAAAAAUAGGAUUGAGGACGGCCAGCUCGUCGUCGGCGUCGUGUCCAAAAAAGCGACGACGGGCCGAGGCGUCUGGAUCGCCGUGGACCACGACGGGGAAUUGGAGUGCUACCUGUCGUCGCAGUUGUCUCCCACCUUACCUGCGCUGCACGAGCGCGUCGUGUUCCGGGCGGCGCUGCAUUCGACGCCGCACCAUCGAGAUGGGGCAUUGUGGGUCGCACGAGACGGCGCUUGGUUGCGAGAAGAUGCGGCAUACGCAGCGAAACAGCGGAAGUACCUCGAAGGGAAUCGACGCACAAGGGGUAUGACCGCCCACGGUGUCCUCACAGCCAUAGCCCCCUCGAGAAACCGAUCUAUUGGUGGGAGAGACGCCUGGAUCGCGUUAGGGGAUCUGGACCGGCACGUCUACUGCCACGAGGCCUGGCUGGCACCUAGACAGCUCCCUUCGUUAGGAGCUAGAGUGGAACUCGUCUUGGAUAUAGACGCCGCAACCAGCAAAGGCGAUAGACCGCGCUGGCGCGUCGCCAUCGACGAACGGACUGGUGAUGCCGCUAUCAAGGUGUUGAAUGACGACAGUGCUUGUGUUCUGCCCGGGUGGGCCUCGGAGUCUCAGUUACGAAGAAAGCCAGCGCCCCGGCCCUGGCGCACGUACUUUGACGCACCGCCAAAGCCGCCGACGUCGCCUCCCACAGUACCUUUACAGACGACGAGCAGUCUGCACCCGGAGGUCACAAAAUUACUGGACAGAUUAGGAUUGACCGCGGCGUGCGGCGAAACAUUAAGGCAGGGCGAGGUCCUCGACUUGGGUACGUUAAAGCUCUGCUCCGAGCGCGAUUUAACGGACAUGGGCCUGCGGCCGGCGCACGCCGGUAGGAUAGUGGCGGCGCUGCGGCCGCCGGCGCCGCCGGCGCCGGCGCCGGCCCCGCCGCCGCCGCCGCCACCACCGGGCCUGGCACCGCCGGCGCAGGACGCCUUCUUUUUAGGAGGGGGCCUGCGAUCUUUAUUAGAUGAUGCUCCACCGGUGCAGCCGCCGCCGCGGUCUCUAGGCUUGAGCGGCGAGCUGCCGGCCGAUUUUGGGGCAUUGCUGCCCGGGCUCGGCGCGCUUGGUUUAAAUGCGACUCCCCAGCCGCAGCGCUCGGCGCUCGCGGAGCUGCGCGACGGCGACGACGGCGCGGUUUUGCCGUUGGCGGCGCCUUCCUCUUUAAGCGCGCCGCGCGUGAACGGAGGCGCUCCCCCGCCGCCCGAGCCGAAGCCCCGAGCCGGGUCGUUCGCGGCGGCGGCGGCGGCGCCCUCGCCCCCGAAAUGGGCGGCGCCCGCGCCCGCGCCACAAAAGCCGCCCCAAAAACAGCCCGAGGAUCCUUUGAUGAGGGACCUGGAGCAAUUCAUCAGCGACCACAAAUUGGACGCGUCCUGCGCGCACGAGCUGCGCCACGCCGACCGCGAGAUCUCGCGGCAGGCCUUGGCGACGUGCGACAUGUCCAAGGCGCGGAACCCGUCGGCCUUCGCGCUCGUCUGGUGGGCCCACCACGGCGCCGAGGUGCGGGGCCCGUCGGGCAAGUCGGCGAAGCCCACGGCGGCGAUGAUCGCGCGCGGGCCGGCACCAGCUGUUCCCGUCGAAUCCUCGGGCCGCUCGCGCGGGCGCCGCGGCGGCGGGCGCCGCAAGUAG